AUGCCAACGUGGCCAUUGCGUCGGCUGUGGCCCGAGCCGCGCAGGGCUUGCCGAAGGCGCUGUUCGGGCCACCGACCUGCGCCCUCGUGGCUGCGCCGCCCUGCGCCGCGCCGCGCCGCGCCCGCGCCGCGCCCGGCCGCGCCGCGCCGCGCCGCGCCGCGCCGCCGCCCCGCGCCGCCCACGCCACGCCACCCGGAGCAACCGACGGCUUAUCACACCACGCCCAGGCCAGCCCGGUGCUCUUGGCGUGGGCGGGGCGCAGAGCUCUGGGGGUGCAGAGGGCGCGAGGCCCAGGCGAGCGCCUGCGUGACAGUCGCCCUCUGCUGCUCGCUGGGAUGCUUGCGGCUACCGGACGAGGGCGAACAGAAUGACGGAUUACUUCACGGGAGCGGUGCAACUACUACACUAUGCAUUAUCGACACUUGCCCAAGAGCUUCGUUUGCACGAAGAUGCUAUGUUUCAAAGAAGGAAGAAACGCGCAGCACAGGUGACAGAGAGGAGGUUUAUUCUGUUGCGCUCUUCCGCUGGAGCCAUGACGGCGACGCUUCUAAGAAAAAUAGAGGCAGCUGGUGGAGGAUCUCGCUGGCCUAUGGACAAUCGAACCCUCUUGUAUUACGUAACAUAGGUAUGUGCAUGAAAGUGCUAAUACAAGCUGUGGAUCGUUUGACUGGUCGCACGCGGUGGGGAAUGAAGGAAGGCAGGCAUUCUCCAUCUCUUCCAGAAAAUCUCCGAAGUGGGCAUUCCAGUGAAGUAGAGUGUUGCCGCGGGAGUGCUUGGACCUGUCCUUGA